AUGUUGACCCAACCCAAACUGCCCCAAAUUUCCAUCUCCACUCCUCCAACGAGCCAACCUUCCGCAGCGCCCUCAGCACACCACCGAUCCGCCCUACCUCCCGAUUCCCAGUACUACCAAUUCACUGACGCAGAGCAAGAAAAAUUUGGAGAGCUCCUUGAAGUCUCCGUCCAAGGUCGUUCGUCUACCCCAUCAAUGACCAAACGCGACCGCGAGGCCUGGGCAGCCACCAAACUCCCAUCCCCGGUUUUUCUUGCCGUCGCAACGUUAUUCAUGUUUGUUUAG